AUGUCGGCCUCAAUUCGCUCCCUCAGACUCGCGCAGCGCGCACCGCAAAUCCUCUCUCGCGGUCCUGCAACCCGCAUCACACCACUAGCACACCAACAAACCCGCCUCCUCAACACAGAAACCGCACCCGUCCUCUACUCCGCCCACGCCAAAGUCGUCGGCGCACGAACAGGCCACGUCCAAGGCGACGACCUCGUCGUCGACCUGACCAUGGCCAAAGCCCUAGGCGGCGCAGGCGAUAAGGGCAAAACCAACCCCGAAGAGCUCUUCGCCGCCGGCUACGGCGCCUGCUUCCAGAGCGCCAUGAACGCCUCGGCGGCGAGCCUGGGGGUAACAAUGCCGAAGAAGCCCGAGGAUAGUGUCGUGGAUGCGACUGUGCAUCUGGUCGGUGAUAUGAAGAAGCUUGAUAUGGGACUCAGAGUAAAUUUGAAGGUUCGGGUCAAGGGUCUGAGCGACGAGGAGGUGCACAAGGUUGUGGAGAGGGCGGAGGAGGUUUGUCCGUAUAGUCGGGCUACGAGGGGCAAUGUCACUACGACGAUUGAGGUUGUUGGAUUUGAGGACGGGGGCGCUGCUGGUGGUGAGGCUAAGGGAGGGAAGAGUAGUGAAGGCAAGACGGGUGAGAAGAAGAAGGGCGGUUCGGACAAGAUGUCUGGUGUUGAGCCCAAGGGACAUAGCGAUUACCAGUAA